UAACUACUAUGAAGGGGGUACAUUGGUGACUCCUAUAAUGACGAUUUUACUUGUUUCGCCAUAAUAACACCGAGAACGUUAAAUUACUUAAUGCUGUUUAAGUGUUCAUAAGACGCGAUGACUUUAAUAUUAUAAUCUAUACACAUUGAAAUUUAGACCAAACAUCUGUGUCGGUAAGCGUUUCAUAAGCGUAAAUUAGAAAAAAAACUACUGUUAUCAACAAAUUGCGUAGACGAUCGUCUGAUGACGCAUGGUGUUCAGUACUGUACCUGUCAGUCUGUAAAAGUCUAUCGUGCGAGUUAGAUUUGCCUCUUACAGCAUUUGUUUAUUCUGUGGUAGUAAAUAGUUCUCAGAAUGGAUACAAGUGGUAAAGUUGGAUUUGUGAAUAAUCCUCAGUCGUUAUAUCCCCCUAUAAACCCACCGCCGUACCCUGGACCCGAGGUAGGUUAUGGAGCUCCAUACCCUGCCCCCCAAGGUACCGCUCCAAUGCCACCUGGUCCGACGGUCUACCACCAGGUACCUCAAGCGGUAGUCACAGUUACUCCCGGACUAGUUCCGGGCGUUGUCGUUGGACAGCAUAUUGGUCCUCAGCCCACAAGAGUCACCUGCAGAUCGUGUAAUGAACAAACUACAACAAGGAUUGAACAGAAAUCGUCCAUGCGAACACAUAUGAUGGCAUUACUUUUGUGUGUAUUUGGAUUGUGGCCCUGCGUUUGCAUACCUUACUGUAUGGAUUCCUGUAUGAAUGUGGACCAUUAUUGUUCAAAUUGCGGGUCUUAUGUCGGCACAUAUCAGAAUUAAGAUCAUUCUUACUGUUUAUAA